GCGUGUACGUUGUUGUGUUGACAACUACGUCGAAUCUGAGUGUUUACGAUGCUGGUGGACUAGGCCUGGGAUCUUUGACGCGUGUUGUUGGUUUGCAUAUUUUAUCCCCGCAUACCGCCCCCCACCCCAAAAUGGCAGACCCACUUGGGAGUGAUGAAGACCUUCUGCCUAGCAUACGACAGCUGAUCAGCAGCAUCAAACCAACCCUUAGAGCUGCAGGAUCACUGGCUACUGCCCUGGAAAUGGUCACGCACUUGGAAGAGACUGAUGACAACUUUCACAGGUAUGAACUAGUGAAGUACAUCCGUGGUCGUAUUGAGGAGGUACUGGGACCUUUGAUUGAGGGAGAGAUUGAGCGGCGAUCCCUGGAUGUGCAGAGCAAGGGUGGGGAGGAGGCCAUGGUGAGAAUGAUCACGGAUCACGUCAUCAAUGACCAGGCCUCACUAGACCUGAUGAACUCCCUGAAGCUUUCUACUAAAGACGCCGUAGAGCGGCUGGUGCGGAUAUUUGACGAGGAGCACCGGCCUGUACAGAGCAGCAUGUUUGGCAACAUCCCCGGCAUGUAUGGACAGGUGUUGGGGAUGCACAGCCCCAAGAGGAACAGCUUCAGCCUGAGCGAUGACACCUCCUCACUGGAUUCCUCUUUCAAUCAGGGAUCAUUCACGUUUAUGAAUCAGGAACACUUUGCCUCUAUAGCUGACAACUUGGCCCUGGACAAACCUCUUGAGAUGAGAAUUGAGACUCUCCAGGGCUUGUGUAAGCUGCCACCUUCAGACAUCCUAGCCUGUGAGCAGUGGGAUAGUCUCCGCCCCGUGCUGCUGACUGCUCUGUCUGAUUCAGACGACAUCUUGGCUGAGACCAGUCUUCGCUUUCACGCCCGAAUGUUUUCGUCCAACUCACACCAUGUCAUGAGAGAGGUCUACACCAGCCUAGUGGAGCAUCUCACGGCAGUGUUUGCCGAUCACGGUGCCAAGAUGUCGCCGCUACGCAGUGGAGUUGACACGGCACACCACGCCACCAGCAUGCUACUCAGGAAGUUCCGCUUGAUGAAUGAAUUCAAUUUGGAGAUUCCAACCUACUGGGUGAGAUUUCCUGACAGGUUUCUGGAUGACGUCACCGAGUCCACCAUGAAUCUCCUGGUGACGGAGCCCCAGGGUUCCCGCAGCUCCUCAUCCCAACAGCUCACCCCGCUCCACUGCAUGGCCCUCGUGGACCCUAGAGCCAGCUGGUUCAGGAAGUGGAUGCACGGCAACUAUGGGCGUACAGCUGUCAUCAGGCAACUUGAAAGAAAUCAAAGCCUGGUGGAAAAGUGUGUUCAGCAGUGCAUGAGCUAUGAUUGCUGGGACGAAAAGUCCCCAGAGGUUGGCCGAGUCACAGAGAUGUUGGACAAGCACUCGCUAGGUUCAUCUCACCGCACACGAUACACAGAGAAAGAAGUUAAUUACCUGCACCUGCAUCACUCCAUUAGCUUGCUGGGUUGUCUGCUCAUGUACAUCGACGGCUACAAGCUGUUUCCUAUCAACAUCAGGGAUGGAGAUGUCAGUGUGACAGAACUGUUGGUGUCGUUUGUCCGCAUCAUCACGGAACGAGAGGAACCAACUCUGAAAUCUCAAGAGCAAAACGGUUUUGAUCUAGCCUCCCUGGUGACGGACAUCCUGAAGUUUUUAUGCUUCACCAAGUCCAGUUGCUCUCGCUGUCUGUGCAAGGAUGCCAUCGUGUCAGAGCUUCUCCGGCCUGUCCAGCUGUGGCUGACGCGGAAUAAGGCAUGCAGUGAUGCCCGGAUGCUGCACAUCGCCGAUGUCCUGUCUACCCUGGCAUCGUGGGACGUCGGACGGAAGCUCCUCUUGCAUGGAGAAAAAGGCAGCUGCUUCAAAGAAAAUAGUUCCGCACCGAUUCACGCCAUCGCCGAGUUCACCAAGCAGGCCCUGGACGGCAAGUUAUCGUCCAGUCUCAGUAGGCAGCCGUCGCGCAGCGUGACGGGGGCCUUCCUGCAUGUUUGUAGGCAGUUGUACAGCACCUGUGAGGGCCUGCUAGUCCUCAGUCGGUACGCUCUGCACCAGCAAAUCGCCAACUGUUGGAGACAGGUGGGCGGACCCGGCAAGAAGGCGGGAGGCAAGACGCAGGAGGCCGACGCCCUACAGGCCUGGGAACGGACCCUGAUUGAUAACCUGCUCAACUUUGCCACUACCCCCAAGGGCCUUCACUUGCUGCAGCAAACCGGAGCUAUCAACGAGUGCAUAGCCUACAUGUACAACCGAUCAGCUAAAAAACUCCAGGUCAGCAAAACAGAGAAGUUUGGCUAUGGCAGCAUGGUGACUCAAGUGGCUGCCACAGCACCAGGCAUUGUGGCCCUGCAGAGAACAGGUUUCAUCCAAGCUGUGGUCCACGGUCUGUGGUCAGUGCUGGAGUGCGGCAGUGAUGGUCAGCCUAUGAUCAGACCCAACCCCAUCCCAGUCGAGCCGAUUGACCGCAUGGCCCACAAGUUCUUUGUGCGAAUGAUGAACAUGUUGUCAGCUUUCCCGGCAGUGUACGAGAUACUAGCCAGCAAUCCACUGCCACGAAAGGAUGCCUACUCACUCAGGGAAGCCCCUAAUGAUGUGCUGGGUGUAAUUGAGCGACUCAUCAUGGUGGAUUCAGAUGCUAAGAUGAACUCUCUUUUCAACUAUGAGCAGUCACACAUCUUUGGGCUCCGGCUUUUGACCGUGAUGACGUCGUGCCUGGAUUCACUUCUUUUGCUGGAGACUCAGUACCACAUUUGGGACAUGUUACUGCAGGGCCAAGAGAACAACCGCAACGGAGAAUCAGUCAUCAUGAUCGACGUGUUGUCCAUCGAGCGCAAUCACAUCCUAGUACGGACCAACGUGAUAGGAGGACCGAGCGAGCGAGCCCUGCCGCCCCAUGACCUGCUGUCAGAUAGCAGCAACCCUUACCCCUGGCCCCUCUUCUCUGCCUUCCCAGUGCCCAGGGAUUACACCCUGAGUGUGCCUAGAUCCCCCAGCAUCAAGCAAGAGAAUGAACUGAGCAAGUUAUUGAGCAGCAACAUUCCGGUAAAGACGACGUCGGAGGCGCAGACGUGGCUGGCAAAAUGCCAGAAUGCCUUCAUAACCUGCUUGUCCAAGAAACCGCAGACGGUGUCCAACAGAUUGCUGGCUGAAUUGCUGGACCAAACCAUCAGCAACCAGCUCCUCAUCUCUGGGACCGAGGUGUUCCAACUGAAGCCCUGCAAAGUCUCAGACAGUGCCCUCAAGGGUCAGAAAUUGCCAGCCCUGCACAUGCUGGGCAUCAAGCUGGCAGUCAGAUACGGCCAGCAUCUGAAGUUGCUAAGCAACAGCAACGACAUGACAGACAACCUGAGCCUUCUUCUGAAGACUUGCCGCCACUACCUGGCCAGCCAGCAACGAAGUAUUCACUCCAACAUGCGUUGCUUGGAAGGCGACUACAUCGGUCACGACUGGUUUGCAUCCACCAUAUUCCUGCUGAUGGCUGGUAACCGUGACAAGGCGUGGAACCUACUACACAAGUGCUUCUCCAUCUUGCCGUCGGGUUACUUGAGUAUGGCUCGCCUUCAUGCCUCGGUCCACAUUCCCUACGAGGUUGCAGCCAGUGGCAUCCAUCCGGUGUCUUCGCGCACCAGUCACAACGUGGAGCUGAUCCUACAGAGCGAAGUGCCUCACGUCUACUCGGCAUUUCGGAUGUCUGGUUACACUCCCUCCCAGAUUUGUCAGCAGUGGCUGCGGCAGUGUUUCUGGAACUACCUGGACUGGCCUGACAUCAGUCACUACAUCGCGCUGUGUAUCGUCAUGGGGGCAGACUACCAGGUGUACAUGUGUGUGGCUGUGCUGAUGUUCUUGCAGCAUAAGAUCCUGCUGCACACUCAGAGACAGGAGCUGCAGGUCUUCUUGAAGGAGAACAGCAUUCAUGGUUUCCACGUCGGAGAACACCUUGACUACAUGCAGGGCCUUGCUAAGAAGUAUCGAAGCACUGUCUUACCGGACAUGAGCAACCUCAGCCUACCCUGACCUCGUAUGACCUCCUGACGUGCCGACGGUGUUGACAAACUUGAGCUGGCAGGGAAUUUGGUGUUUGGACUCGGUGCAGAUGUCAUCCAAAGAUGCAGGGAGAUACCACAAAAUGAUUACGGCCAUUUCUCUCCCGGUCAAUUUUGUUUAAGUUUGAACGAGAAAGAACAGUCUGAGCUCUGUGUUUGGAUGUAUCCCUCAUUUCGGCACCCCGAUGGAAAUGGACAUUAUGUGAGUUUAUUCAUAUGUUUACAUAAAACACUUUGCAAUGCUCUGUUGAAGUCUUGCCUUGCGGUUUUGUUAGGUUGGGUCCCAUUUUAGUGACCCAUGUGGUUUGAAUGCCAUUGGCAGCGUGGAUGUUACGCCCGGGUGCCAACAUAUAAUAAAGGUUUUGAACAGCUCGUGCGCUCUUGGUGCCACAUGCACGGUGCGUCUCCCAUCGGACACUAAUGCUCAGUAACAAAACGCCUUCUUUUGUGACAGCACCGAGGCAAUAAUCCUUAGUUGGGGCAUUAUAUUCAAGUCAGUGGCACAUUACACUGCAUGCGACACGUAAGAAAACCGUACUAGUGUUAUGUGUGUGGCACGUGCCUUAUGCAAAUAUUACAGAGUUCAUGAAAGUGCUCAGAAACAGGGAUGUAAGAUUUCAUAAAAGAUCGGUAAUUUUAUAUUAUUUGUAGUUGCCUCGUAUGUUGGAGUACAAAGUAAAUUAUAGGAGAGCAUUUAGGAUUGUAUUUUUACCUUCUUCUAUUAUUUGACAAUAUUUUCCACCCGCCAGCAUCUAGAUUCAUGGUGUUGUCUCUGUUAAUCUAUAAAGUGAUCAAUAUUUUACUGAAGCCUUUAGGUUUACUUAGGUUAACUGUUUGGUGAAGAGUUUUAAUAGCAAACUGAAAAUGUUCUAGAUUUCUGUGUGUUUGUUAAAAUUGUACAAUUUUUAAUGUCAUAGAAUACAUUUCAAGUGAUAUGUUGAUUUGGUGCCUUCUACAGAGACGCAUCCAACUUUAUACGUGUAGAUAUUCCUGUUUGUACAUAUGUGCAAUAUGUAUAUGUGAUAAACAGACAACAGCUGGUUUGUGUGUCACAUAA